GAGAGAGUGUGUUUUGAGGUAAGAGUGACAGCGUGGGUUGUGAGUGGGGAAUGGGAAUUCCACGUGGAGGUCGUGCUUACGUGACAGUCGUGGUGAUGGAAGAAGACGACUUCUGAAUGGAAUUCUCAUUCGGUGCCGGAAUUCUCAUGUCCCGAACUGCAGCAACGGGGACUGAAGGAACCUCGUUUUCACCCUCCUUGAAUCCAGAUUGCUAUGUGGCAAUUAAACUUGAGAUCCAGUGAAACGAUGGAACCUGUCCCCUACCCUGAGCGUCCUGGAGAACCAGACUGUUCUUACUAUAUCAGGACAGGCCUAUGUAGAUUUGGGGAAACAUGUCAUUUUAAUCAUCCUCCUAACCGAAAGCAGGCUAUUGCUGCUCCAAGGAUGAAAGGAGAGUUUCCAGAAAGAGUAGGGCAAGCAGAAUGUCAGUACUACCUGAAAACAGGAAUUUGCAAAUUUGGAGCUACAUGCAAGUUUCAUCAUCCUAGAGACAAAGCUGGGUUAGCUGGGAGAGUUUCCUUAAAUUUUUUGGGUUAUCCUCUUCGCCUGAAUGAGACUGAGUGUGCAUAUUAUCUAAGAACUGGACAAUGCAAGUUUGGGAGCACUUGUAAAUUCCACCAUCCUCAACCAGCGAAUAUGAUGGUUUCCUUCCGUGGCUCUCCUAUUUAUCCGACUGUCCCAUCUCCAACCACUCCUAGUCAGCAGUCAUUUCUAGGAGGGCUUACAAACUGGUCGCGAGCUUCUUUCGUUCCCAGCCCCUGCUGGCAAGGUCCUCCAAGUUAUGCCCCUUUGAUUUUACCACAAGGGAUGGUAUCAGUUCCAAAUUGGAAUGCUUACAGUGUUCAAUUGGCUUCGGUAUCUUCUUCAGAGAACCUGCAGCAGACAAAUGGGAAUAAUCAAAUCUAUGGGACCUCACGACCAAAUGAAUCGGUGACUCCAGGAUCUCAAGCAUCCUUUUCCCAAUUUCGUUCUGGCUCUGCCCCUGUAGGUUUUUAUGCAUUGCAGAGGGAGAAUGUAUUUCCCGAGAGACCUGGUCAGCCUGAGUGCCAAUUUUACAUGAAGACUGAAGAUUGUAAAUUUGGUGCAGUAUGUAGGUUUCAUCAUCCAAGAGAAAGAGUUCUUCCCGCCCCUGAUUGCAUGUUGAGUCCUAUUGGCCUUCCUUUACGUCCGGGAGAACCUCUAUGCAUUUUCUAUUCUCAAUAUGGAAUUUGCAAGUUUGGUCCAAGUUGCAAGUUUAACCAUCCUAUGGAAGUUUUCACAUUCAAUUACUCUGCAUCAUCUCCAUAUGAUGCCCCAGUUAACCGUUUCUUAGGAUCUUCUUCGGGAACUGCUGGGUUAAACCUUUCAUCAGAGGGGCUUGUUGAAGCAGGCUUCACAAAGUCCAGACGACUUUCACUGUCAGAGAAUAGACAAUUGUCUUCCAGUGAUGACAGUAUUGAUACAGAGGGAUAAACAAUGCAAAAAGAUAUGUGCUGAUUAAAUUUGACAAUCUUUUGGUGGAUGAGGAAGAGUUAUCUGUAAAUUCAUUUCCCAUUGUUGGAGAUGUACAGAGUUCAUGUUAUGUUGGUUCUGUUCUUUUAAAAUAUAUGCAAUUCAGUUGACAGUUGCAUCUUCUGAAUUUCACAUUCCUGCAUUGUAUAAAUCUGAAACUGAUGUCACAUUCGGAAAACCCAUUGUGUACAAGGUAUUUCUUUUG